AUGGGAACUCGGGCAAGCACGUUGGCCCAGUCGGGUCGUGUCGCCCGCUCCUACACUACCGAUCGGGAUCCGUCCAUCCCCCUGCGCCGGCAGGAUCAGCGCCCAAGUCCAAGUCGUCGUCGUCGUCGUUGCGUCUGCGUCUGUGUGUGCGCGACGCUGCCCGAUGCCGCGGUCGAGGCUGGGUGCUCCUCCACUCCUGUCCUCUCAUUCCCUUCUCUUUCUCUUUCGAGCCGCCGCCUCAUCCCAUGGAACCAACCUCCACCCCCUUCUUCCUCGUGGGCCGACGUUGGCGGCGGUGCGAGUACGGGGGUACAGAGGACAUGCCCGCCUCCUACCAUCUCUCGCUAUGGCGUCGUGAGCUACCUACUCUACUACGUACUACACGGCCCUAGCGAGCGAGCCGCCGAUACAACUAGCCAACUAAUCGAGAUCGCGCAAUACGGAGCGAGCACGCGCUCUGUUCGCUUCGCUUCGUGGAGAGCGCCCGACGCCACCGAGGAAGAUCCGACCACGUCUUGA